UUUAGUACAAGAAUUCCAUUGAAUCUGAUAUUCGCAUAUCUCAGGAGAGAGAGAGAGAGAGAGAGAGAGAGAGAUGGCAGUUGGGUUAUUGGAGGUGAAUCUUGUGAGUGCGAAGGGCCUUGGAGAAACCCAUUUAUUCAGUCGUAUGGAUCCGUAUGUUGUGAUUGAAUACAAAGGCCAAGAGAGAAAGAGCAGCGUCGCCAGAGAACAAGGAAGCAGUCCGGAGUGGAACGAGAAAUUUACGUUCAGGGCAGAAUAUCCAGGUUCAGGGGGAGAGUAUAAGAUCACUCUCAAGAUCAUGGACAAAGACACCUUCACUUCUGAUGACUUUAUCGGCCAAGCGACAAUAUACGUGAAAGACUUGUUGGCACUGGGAGUGCAGAAUGGAACUGCCGAACAACAUCCUCUUUACUAUAGCGUUGUUCGCGCUAAUAAUACUUAUCAUGGGGAGAUCAAAGUCGGCCUAACUUUCACUCCGCAAGUAGAACAGGAUGACGGGGAACAAUCGUUUGGAGGAUGGAAGAACAGUGCUGCAUAUCCAUAGAGAAACAAUACGUCUGCAGAUGGGGUUGCACUGCAGAGUAGGGUUUGAGUUUGAGUCCGGGUCCACACUCGAACUGUGGGACCCAUGCUGACCGUAAUCUCUCAAAUUCUUGGUUUUAGGUUUCAAAGCAAAUUCCGUAAUGAUUUUAUCUUCUUGCACAUCUAUGCUUCCGACUCUGUAAAAUUAUGUAUACGAGUUUUUUUUCCUUACUAUCGAUUGUAUAAAUAAAAAUA